UCUCCGCUUUAUAACAACAGUAGCCGCCGUCGAACCGUCGUCUCAUCUAGAGCUUUGGGGGUAUCGGCCAUGGCUCUCCGGACCCUCUUCACCAAGAAAUCCCUAGCCCUAGCUUCCGCCUUCCGCCCCAUUGCCGUCGCAUCUGCCGCUGGAGACCUGCGCCUUGGAUCGGGUCUCUCGCAGGCCCGGGGCCUCACGGUCGCCGCACUCCCGGACCUCCCCUACGACUACGGCGCCCUCGAGCCCGCCAUCAGCGGCGAAAUCAUGAGGCUCCACCACCAGAAGCAUCAUCAGGCGUACGUCACCAACUACAACAACGCACUCGAGCAGCUCGAGGCGGCGAUCGCGAAGGGGGACGCCACCGCGGUCGUCCGGCUCCAGAGCGCCAUCAAAUUCAAUGGCGGAGGUCAUAUCAACCACUCGAUCUUCUGGAAAAAUCUCAAGCCUGUGAAUGAAGGUGGAGGUGAGCCUCCACACAGUUCACUUGGGUGGACAAUCGACACAGACUUUGGUUCUUUGGAGGCUCUGGUGCAGAAAAUGAAUGCAGAAGGUGCUGCUUUGCAGGGAUCUGGCUGGGUGUGGCUAGCUUUGGAUAAGGGGUUUAAGAAGCUCACUGUCGAAACCACUGCAAAUCAGGAUCCACUAGUGACCAAAGGUGCAAACUUGGUUCCUUUGCUAGGUAUUGAUGUGUGGGAACACGCAUACUACCUGCAGUACAAAAAUGUGAGGCCAGACUAUCUGAAGAACAUAUGGAAGGUUAUAGACUGGAAAUAUGCUAGCGAAGUGUAUGAGAAGGAGACCGCCUGAUGUAUCACCUUUCUAUUCCCUGGGUGAAUUUUCCGGCAUGUAAUUCCCCCAUUGUGUUUACUUAGAGGACUUCUGUAUCCAAAAAAGAAUAAGGAGGGCCUGUACUGUCUCGGACGCAGGUACACUUUUGAUCUAGGUUCCAAGAAUCUGUCACUACUUGUUCAUGCCCUGUUUUUUUAUGCUCUCUACUAGUAGAACUACUGCUUGUGCCAAUGCGGCAACUGGAGUAUCACAA